AUGUUCGGAAGAUUGAUUGCUGAGAUUAAGGAAGAGAGUUUGCGUAUGAAGACGGCAAUUAAAGUAGAAACGCAUUCAUGUCGCCACGCCUCAAAAACAGCCAACAAAGAAAAGAACCAAAAUAUGAAAUGUAUUCCAUAUGAUUACAACAGAGUUGUCUUGGAUUCCAUUGAAGGAGUUCCGGAUUCUGAUUACAUAAAUGCUUCACAUGUAGACGUAAAGUCUCUUGACCCCAAACGCUUACAUAGUCACCCAGGGGCCAACGGAGAAUACGGUAAAUGAAUUCUGGAGAAUGAUAUGGCAAGAAAAGGCGAGCUGUAUUGUAAUGCUGACCAAAACAUUCGACUUUAUAAAAGUGAUGUGCAUACAGUACUGGCCUUCAACCAAAUCGAAAAGUGAAGAUUACGGAGAUCUGAAUAUAUCUGUGCUAAAUGAGGAAGAGCUAGCAAAUUUUCAUAUAAGAACAAUCAAAGUGAUCCAUAAAAAAAAUACGCCUGAAGAAGAGGAGAGAACCUUACUCCAAUUCCAUUACACAGAGUGGCCAUGUCACACCUGCCCAUUUUCAAAUGCCAUUUUGGAAUUCAGAAGGAGAAUGCGAGCAGUUGGUACCAAAACGAAGGACGGAGGACCAAUUGUUGUUCACUGCAACGAUGGCGGUGGACGAUCAGGAGUAUAUUUAGCUAUAGAUGCAAAUCUGGAACUGUCUGAAGAAGAAGAUUGUUUUGACGUGUUCAGAUAUUUGAAAAUAUUAAGGCAAUCUCGUAAAGGCAUGAUUGAAACUUUGGAUCAGUAUAAAUUUGUAUAUGAUACUUUAGAAGAGUAUGUUGUUUGUGGUGUUUCUUGGUUUCCAGUCAAAGAACUUUCUCAGAGGCUUAAGCAAAAAUCUAUCAAAAAUCCUAUAACCAAAAUGAAUGAAUAUCAGCGAGAAUAUCAACAAAUAUGUAAAAUGACCCCGAGGUUCACUAUAGGCGAUUGUGCUGGAGGUCACAGAGGCGACAACAGAGAAAAGAAUCGUGAUGUCUUAAUAGUACCUCCUGAUAAUUUCAGACCUUAUUUGACAUCUUUCCAAGGAAACAGUUUUACAGACUACAUAAACGCUGUAUUUGUUGAUGGAUACACUAAACCAAGAGAAUAUAUUGUCACAGAAUGGCCACUAAAACACACUCCUGGAGAUUUUUGGUCUUUGGUUUAUGAUUAUGAAGCAUCAGCUGUUGUUGUUCUAUGUAUUCUACCUCACAGUUCACAAUACCCACCUUUUUGGCCAGAAGGAAGGCAUUCUAAGAAAUAUGGGCCUGUUUUUACUAUAGAGCAUAUUUCUCACAACCAUUAUACAAAUAUAAAAACUUGGCUCAUGAGGAUUAAUAAAAAGAUUGUUUCUCUCACGGAACUGAUGGCUGGAGUGAAGGCUCCACCACGAACAGUUCAGCUAUUUCAACUUACUUGUUGGCCAUUGGGUCACAAGGUACCAACUUCUACCAACUCGCUUGUUGAGUUAAUGAACAUGGUGGAACGCUGGCGACAGAGAACAGAAUAUGGCCCUGUUGUAGUUGUAUCUCCAGAUGGCAGAGGGAGGUGUGGAGUUUAUUGUGCAGCUAAUGCUUGUAUUGAACAAGUAAUUCAACAUGGUGAAGUGGAUAUCUUUCAAGCUGUAAAAACGGUCAGACGCCACAGACCACAACUAAUUGAAAAUAUGACAGAAUACAAGUACUGUUAUGACUUGGUAUUACACUAUGUGCUCCACUACCUCAACAAAGACUUAAAGGAGAAAAAAUAAUACCUUAAAAAUAUAUUCGCUGUGAUACUGCGUAAAAAUAAGCUUUCUACAAGAAAACUUUAAGUGAGCUGUCUUAUUAAAGAAUAGUCAAAUCCUUGAUUACUGUAUAGUUAGUAUAGUGGUGCUAUUGUAAUUUAAAUUGUUUAUAAACUUAUGCGGCAUUAGAUAAAGUAGUAUAUUUUUUAUUAAUUUUGAGUUAGUUAUAAGUCAAAUUUAAGAUACUAUCUAUGUUUAUGUGUAGACUGCUCUGUGUAAUUCUGAACAUUAAUAAGUGUAUUUGUUUAACUAUUUUAGUUUCAUAGAGCUUCAGUUAUUCAGUAAAAUGUAGAUAUCUGCUAAAAUAUAUUGCUGUAAGUACACGUUAUUGCCAAACAAAUGCAAAGAAAUGCUUAUCUAAAUAUGAAUGUAUGUAUAAAGCAAGAAACAGAUUAUUUCUGAGCACAAUAAAAACCUUAUCUAGGUAAAUAUAUUCACUAUAAUAUAUGUAGCCGAUAUAUAAUGGCAUAUACUAUCCUCUGUAGUAUGGAAAAGUAUUCAAGGCAUUCUAUUAGUUACAAUACCAAUCAAUGUUUACUCUUAACUUUUCAAGGGCUUAGAUAUUUAAAAGACCCUGAUGUUAAAUUUCCAUACAAGUCUACAAUUAUUUAUUACAUUUCUUUCGGUUGUUAUAUAGAUCAAAAACAACCAGAAUAAUAAAACAAAUAUUUUGAUAUGCCCAAUGUAAAAUUAGAAAACUAAUGGUCUUCACUUUAUAUUUUCAAGGAAAUACAUUGUAUCAGGUUUAAGUUAUGUUUCAGAAAUCAAAGACUAUAUGGCUAUAUAUUUUUAGGUUUUGAUAAUAUUGUUAUUUGUGAUUCAUAAAUGUAACCUUCAAUAUUGAUGAUCAUCACUUUCAAAUACUUGUUAAUUUUUGCCAGCAUAAUUAAGAGCCACAAGGGUCAAGAUCUAAAAUGAGGCCUGACCAGCAUCCAGAAAUGGAAAUAACAAUGUAGGUAGUUUAAUAAAGAAAUUAAGUACUAUUCUUGAAUACCAUAAUUAAGAAUAUGAAUAAUUAUGUUAAUUUGACCAAUACAUAUUUUGAUCCAUCGAUUGACAUCAUGUCAAGAAAAUAUAUUAUAGUUGUUAUCUUUAAGGAGAUGCUGAGCCAAUUUAUUUUUUUUUUUUAUACUGGGGUUAAACUUAGGAAACAAAUUUUUAGGCUUUCUAAAUUUAAAACAAAAAUUAAAAAAUAAACAAAUAAAGUUAUAUUUUGACUUUUAUAAAAUAUAAAAACAAUGCUACAAAGUAAAAUUUGACAGACUGAAUGUAAUAAUGAGAAUAACACAUUGAAAUUUUUCAACUGAGAAAUCAUUUGCAAAAUUAUGAAGUGCAUAUCUAUUACAAAUUAUUUUGACUAAAUAAUCUGAUAAAGCUAUACUUUUUAAUAACUAAGUAAAUGAUACUGUACCAAGGAAAAUAUGUAACCUAGUUUAUCAUAUUGUUUAAAAUAUUAUAAUUGAUUCAUAAACAUAAUAUACUGACCAUAUUUUUAAGAAUACUCCAAAACUAUUUUAAAAUACCGAUCUCUUCAUAUCGCUGCUUGUACUAAACUUACUAAUAUUUGAGAUCAUUAUAAUUUUGAUUAAAAACAAAAAUAAUAAAACCUAAAUAAACAGGAGGUUAAGAAGGAGAGGGGUAUGCAAUAAUAAUUGAGAAAAAUAUAUAUAAACAGAAGAAUAUAUAUAUAUGUAUAUACCCACAAGUCCGAACAAAGGGGAGAAGCCAGAAGCUGGGGAAGUAGCUUGGGGAUCCAUUCCGGUCUUACAUUAUAUUAUAUAAUAUAAUAAGGUUAUACUAUAUAAUAAUCACAUAAUAUCUUUAAAUUAUUUUUUUCAUAAAUUUUAUUGAAAAUGGUUAUUACAGAGGUGAUUUUAAUAUUUGACAAGUGUCCCAGAAUAAUUAACAAUAAAGAAUAAUAACAGAACAAUAAAUUGUCCAUAAGGCCCUUGGUUUUUCUCCUCACGGCCCUCUAUAAUAUAUAUAAAUAUGUGUGUGUAUAAAUAUACACACAUAUACAUAUAUUUGUUUUUUUAAUUUAUAUUUAUUAUAGCUUUUUUAUAUUUAGAUAUUCUUCACUUGAUGGGCUAACUUUAAAAAAUUCUUAAAAGCUUACUUUUUUAUUUUAAUAAUUUAUUCUUUACCUUUGGACCCCUGUAAAUCAAAAUGGGACCCAUUUCAGAAUUUUCAGACCAAUUUAGGGAUCAAAACGAAGAGAAUGAACUAUUAAAUAAAAAAUAUUCAAAUUUUAUGACCUAAUAAGUGAACAAUUACUAAAUAUAUAAAUGAAGAUUAAUAUAAUAAUUUCUAACAUCAUAUAUGUAUGUGUAAAUAUACUAUAUAUUGUGAUCUAAAAACAAUAUUUAUAGUUAUCCAUUAUAAUUCAAAAUUGAAGGCAUAGGUUUCACAAUUCAUAACUUGGAUAUUUACUUGAUAAAAGUAAAAUCUGAAAUUUUAAUCACUGAAAAUUGUAUUACUAUGAUCACUGUAAAAUUUAUAAUUAUUGGCUGACUGUUAAUUUUAAAAUUCACGUUAAAUAUUAUUUAAAAUUUACUAAGUCCAUUUUGAAUACUAUUCUGCAAUCAAUUUUUUUUUUUUAGAUAUAUUAACAAGAAUACUUCUGUUCCAAUUUUGUUUAACAGAAGGAUAUUUACUAAGUAACUAUCAUGCUUCUUAUUUAUAUGAAAUGGGAAUGUUAAAAAUAACUCAGUCAAUAAACAUUUAGCUGGUUAGCAUACAUGUUUCUUGUUAUCAUAAAUUUAUCAUGAUAAAAAAAAGUUUAUGAUCUGUGGGUUUUACACCUAUAAACAACAACAGACAAAAAAGUGGCAAUCAAAUGUUUGUUCAAAUAACUUAUUUAUAUAAUUAUAUUUGAGGGGGAAAUGGGUAGUUGUGUAGAAAUGAUUUUAAUUUUUUUUCAGUAACCAGCCUUGUUUAUUAGAAACAAGGUUAAUUUAUAGCUAAAUAAAUAAAAUUUUAGUGUAUAUCAAAAGAGGAAUGUUAGUGAAAGCAUACGACCACAUGGGUUUUUUAGAAACUGUUUGAUUUACAGUUGCGAUCAAGUUUAUACUAAUUGUUUAGUAUAUAAGUUUAAUGGUUGGGUACUUAUAGCCCUAAUACCUUUGUCCUGGAAUGUGGCAGCUUAUAUUAGUUUUAAAUAAAAAACUUUUAUCUCAAAAACCAUUAUAAACUACAAAAUUGGAUACUAUAUAUAAUUGAAUAUUUAAA